AUGUUAGAUAGUCACAACACAUCGCUCAGCUGUAACUCUCUUCCGGUGCCCAGCUGCCACGUUAUCCGAAUGAAGCACAAGGGUUGGGAUACUGUCAGGUUGCCCAAGCCUAGACAGAGGAAGUCGAAAGGUAGAGGUCGGGUUCGAACCACGGAACUUCCGGAUCAAGACAAACCGGGACGCAUUAUUAACACGCGGGUGGGAUUUUGUAUUCAGAAGGAGGUAGUGUAG